CAAUGCCAGAGAGCUCUUGAAUUGCUCAGGAACGCUGGUGAGGAUGACGUUGAUGCUGAGGGGGAAGGGGAGGAGGAGGAGGAAGAGACUAGGGAGGUGAUUGAUCAGGAUUCGUCGUCUCAGUCUGGUGAUCUUGAUACGAAUGAGUUAUGUGAUCUUCUGAAAUCUAGAAUUGAAUCACCCAACUUCCUCGAAAAGUUAGAGAAUGUCCAGGUGGCAGUACCCCAAAAUAUGGCAGAAGAAGGUAGCUCUUGGGACAUGGUCAGUGAAAAUGAUUUAUGGGAUGGUGCAAAUUUGGAUGCCAAUAUCGAGUCAGACCCAGAAGGUUUUGUCCUAGUUAGACAAGAAGAUAUAGUGGAGGGCAUUGCAUGUUUCAUGGCUGCGUAUCUGUUAUCUUUGAAGCAGACUAAAGAUUUGACUCCAAAUCAACUCCAAGAAGCCCUCAGCAAAACAUUCUCUGUAAAAACGAAGAAGGGAAAACUUAGGAAGGCAUGGGAUGGAAGCAAAAUUAUUUAUAAUGUAGCAUCCUGGAGUGCAACUGCCAUUGGGAUAUACCAAAACCCAGCACUAUUUAGGGCAGCUACUGUGGCCUUUUGGACUUCAUGUCGUGUUAUAUCAAGGCUUUUCUGACUUCAAGGGUGAUGCCUUGACGAUUGGAGGCUUGGGAUUUGCUCUUUGUUCCCCCGAGUGCCAUCAAAGCAGCGCUCAAGUGGAGUCCCUUGUAUUCUGUAACAUAAUCACUUUGUGCUACGAAAUUAAUUGAUUGCUUCAUAUCAUUGUUACCUUUGUAUAUAUUUUCGUUUCUGGAAGCCUUACCUUUGUAUUCAUGGGGUCGUGUGACCAAUUUAUUCAUGUGUGAGUGCUCUCACUUGACCAUGUUAUGGUGCUUUCUUUUAUGUUAAUAAUUUGCUACUGUUUGUUUCU